CCAUUCUUACUUUUCCAAUCGAAUCUCAUACUGAGGCAUCCCAUAAAGGAACCACUUGUUGUGCGUUUUGGAGGAGGGGGGGUGUAAAAAAAAGAGAAAAGCACGAAAAACGGGACAGAAAAGAAUACCUGUCGUGUUUGCCCCGGCUACCAGCAGCAGACGGAGUCCUUCAAUACGUACACCUACCUACCGGCAAGGAACUGCCUGCAUCCGAUAAGGGAUCUACUCCACAAAUUACGAGGACAGGGAGGGGGUGUGGUGGAAAGGGAAAAAAAACCCCGAAUUGGUGAGAGGGAGAAAGGGAGAGACUCCGAGGGAGGGAAAAGGUCAGGACUCAUUGGCUUUAUCGCAAUAAGGAGAGCGUCUUUACAUCAACCGUUUGACAGACCGAGGAGACGAAGUGAAAUAAACCAGCACCAUAUCCAUCCGCCGCCGAUAUACCAAAAGGAAAUCUUUGGAUUUUUUUUAAAUUUUCAAAUUAUCUUUAAAACCGGGUGUUUUUCUUCUUCUUCUUCUUCUUCGUCUUUUUUUAAUCUUCUUCUUCUUCUCUCGCUCUUGCUGUUUUUAAUUUUGGCGAAGUGCAGAUUACGUAUUGUGAAUUUUGGAACCGUGCGUAUUUUUUGGAGCGUCAAAACCAGCCCGUAUCAGGAUGCGCGUGUGCCCGCUGCUGCUCCUUCUCUGCCUGCUGCGCGCCGGGCGCGCACAGAAGUUCUCAGCUCUCACGUUCCUGCGGGUCGACCAGGAUAAAGAGUGCAACAUGGAGUGCACCGGAGGUCCCCGGAAACCUCUCUGCGCCUCCGAUGGCAGAACCUUCACGUCGCGCUGCGAGUUCCUCCGUGCCAAGUGCCGUGACCCCCAGCUGGAGGUCAUCCGAGGGCCAUGCAAAGAUACAUCCAGAUGUGUAGCAGAGAAGAAAUACACUGAGCAGCAGGCCAAGAAGCUCUUCCCCCAAGUCUUUGUGCCUGUAUGCAACCCUGAUGGCACAUAUAGUGAGGUGCAGUGCCACAGCUACACUGGAUACUGCUGGUGUGUCACGCCCAACGGCCGGCCAAUCAGCGGCUCAGCAGUGGCCAAUAAAAAACCACGAUGCCAAGGAUCAAAACAAGAGAGGACAAGCACAAGAGAGCCAGGAAAAGCAGUCUCCUUGCAAAUAUUCUCCAUUCUAAAUGCAGAUGAGUCCGCUGGCCUAGUGGUGGAACCACAGCCCCCUGCAGAUGAAGAAGACAUAAUUUCCCAAUAUCCAACCCUGUGGACGGAGCAGGUCCGGAGCCGUCAGAACAACAGAACCAGAGCACAAUCCUCGUCAUGUGACCAAGAACAGCAGUCGGCCCAGGAAGAGGCCAGACAGCACAAGAACGAGGCGGUGUUUGUUCCCGACUGUGCCAGCGGAGGGCUUUACAAGCCUGUGCAAUGCCACCCUUCCACUGGCUACUGCUGGUGUGUGUUGGUGGACACGGGCCGGCCCAUUCCCGGCACCUCCACGAGAUAUGAACAGCCAAAGUGUGAUGGCAACGCCAGAGCCCACCCCACGAAACCCAAGGAUCAUUACAGGAGUAGACAUCUCCAAGGCUGUCCUGGAAAGAAAACAGAGUUCCUGACAAGUGUUCUUGAUGCGCUGUCGACAGACAUGGUGCACGCUGUCACAGAUCCAGCAUCUGCCGGCAGAAUGGCGGAGCCAGACCCCAGCCACACCUUGGAGGAGAGGGUUGUCCACUGGUACUUCAGUCAGCUGGACAAGAACUCAAGCGGUGACAUUGGCAAGAAGGAGAUAAAGCCUUUCAAACGCUUCCUGCGCAAGAAGUCCAAACCAAAGAAGUGCGUGAAGAAGUUUGUGGAGUACUGCGACAUCAGCAAUGACAAAGCACUGUCCCUCCAAGAGCUGAUGGGAUGCUUGGGCGUGACCAAGGAAGAAGGAGCCAAGACAGGAGACAGCGUGUCUUCCAGUAAACUGAAUCCUUCAAAGAAGCAGGGCUGAGCCACCAACAAAGUUUCCCCCUUCCCCUUGGAGAUGCUGCCCUUACCAAUCGGCAAUAUGGAAACCAUAGUAUUUGCACUUUGUACUUUAAAAAAAAUGUAAAUUCACUUUGUAGAGAUAAGGUAUUUAAACAGACUGCUGAAUCUGUGAAUGAUGUAGUUAGCUUUUUGUGUCCUGACAAGCGAAAAUUAUUUAACACAUACAAUGUAUGUGUCCUUUGUGUGUCUAGAAAGUGUAAUUUUCAGAGUUGUACAAGUUUUCAUGUGUGAUGCUGCAUUACAUUCCCCUGCCCUCAUUGUCUCAUUCCAUUCAUUGUUAUUAAUGUUAAAGCAAAUGUUUAGAUAGUUUGCCACACGGCUACAAUAACGUAGAACUUACCGUCAUACAUGUACUGACCCAUACAAGCCUUUCUUUGCUUUGUACAACCAGAAUGUUUUAAACAUGUUUCAUACAAACCCUACUUGUUCCCAUGUAUUCAUGUUUAUUAGAAAUAAAGAACUCUUUUAUACAUGGCUGUGCUCUGUGGGGCUGUGACAGUGUGUCGGUGAAGGUUGGAAUAGGGGGAAGAAAGUCUUGGUUUCUCAUUAAUCCAAUUAGUUACUGAUGAUGUUUGCCUUCUCACUAUGUAAACCUUGUAAUGUUUUUGACAUUUUGUGUUUUCUUGCUGUGUCUUUAAUAAAACACC